GUGCCGUGGUGCAAGCCAACCAGAUCCGCACACGCUUUGGACCACUCCAGUCCGCCUCUCGCUUCCUCUCCCCCCUCCCAGUGGCGCGGCGCCGACCGGUGCCCCCGGAGACUGGAGAGCCCAGCCGCCCGCACGUCCCCGCGAUCUCCGGUCCCAACUCCCGCCGCGCCGCCGGUGCACCACAUUGUACACUGAAGGCAGGCCUUUUGUAUAUUAAAAUUACCAUUAGACCCUACAUGAUAAGAAACCAUGGCACCAGGAAGCAAGGCAGAGAAAAAAGCAGCAUUGGAUGCUGGGGCAUGGAUGUUCAAUGUUGUAACUUCGGUUGGCAUAAUCAUGGUCAACAAGGCCUUAAUGGCUACACAUGGUUUUAGCUUUGCCACAACAUUGACUGGGAUGCAUUUUGCAACUACCACUUUGAUGACAUUGGUAAUGAAAUGGUUGGGAUACGUUCAGCCGUCUCAUUUACCUCUGUCGGAGCUAGUAAAGUUUGUAUUUUUCGCAAACCUAUCAAUUGUUGGGAUGAAUGUUAGCUUGAUGUGGAACUCUGUUGGCUUUUAUCAGAUUGCGAAGCUAUCUAUUAUUCCACUUCUAUGCAUUAUGGAGGUCCUGUUUGAAAAUUUUCGUUACUCGAGGGAUACAAAGCUUAGUAUAGUGGUUGUCCUUGUAGGUGUGGGAGUGUGUACAGUUUCUGAUGUUAGUGUAAAUGCGCAAGGACUGGUAGCUGCUGUAAUAGCAGUUUGCGGCACUGCAUUACAACAGCAUUAUGUCAAUUACCUUCAACGGAAGUACUCGCUCAACUCACUCAAACUCUUGGGUCACACUGCACCAGCUCAAGCAGCUUCACUGUUGAUAUUAGGCCCAUUCGUGGACUUCUGGCUGACCAGGAAUAGAAUCGACACUUUUCACUACACCAGCACAGUGACGUUCUUCAUUGUGCUGUCAUGCGUUAUUUCAGUCGGGACCAAUCUCAGCCAAUUCAUUUGCAUUGGGAGAUUCACCGCCGUCACAUUUCAAGUGAUCGGUCACAUGAAGACAAUUCUCGUGCUAACCCUGGGAUUUCUGUUGUUCGGGAAAGAAGGCCUGAAUUUCCACGUGGCGUUUGGGAUGAUCCUCGCCAUUGUUGGAAUGAUAUGGUACAGCAGCGCGUCUUCGAAGCCCGGAGGCAAGGAGCGGCAGGGCGUGGCGAGCGAGAAGGCCCAGAAGUCGCCACAGUCGGAGCUGGACGAUAAAGUAUGAGAUGGAAGCCUCGAAGUUCUUAUCGUCAGCUAUUUAUAUGGACUCCGUCUUAUAUAUCAAAAGUAAAAUGAUCAUGAGGAUUUUCCUCAUUGUACACGGUUCGUUUGAGGAAUGUUUCUACAGGGAUGUUAGAAAUGUAGGCCACAGAAGAAAGAGAGAGUUUACACUUUCGCAGGUAAUACUCCUACAUAGGCUAUUACGUGGGCAGACGUUUUCAGUUUCAAGACUUGGUAAUUUCAUCACUGUCGUUCCUUCUUUUUCA